AUGUCAGUCUGGGUCGCGCUUCUACUAUUCUAUCAAUAUUCACAGAUUUCAUACGCUCAGUCAGAAGAUCCAAGAAACGCUGGAAUCUAUAUUCGAAUCAACCAAAAUGCCGUGGAUUACCUAUCGGAUCUUGCCAGUGAUGCAUUCCCUCAAAUCUUGAAUAAUAUGCAUAUACCCGACAUCAAAAUCAGCGCCGCUGAAAUUACAAAAAUCCACAUCAACAGAGUCGAAAGACCGGAGAUUGACGCAAAAUUCAUUGCCAAUAAGGGAGUACAGGCAAAUGUUAGCCUACCUUUUCUACGAACCAGUGCUGACUGUACCGUGAACGCAUUUUUUCCAAUUGAUGGAAGCUUCAUUGUCGAGCUGCAUAACUUCACCAUCGACUUGGAACUGCACUUCACAAGAAAUGAAACACUUGGAACAAAUGUGAUAGAGGUUCCUCACUGUGAAACAACACAUUCUGAUGUCAAGAUAUUGCUCGAAGAAGAUUCCCUCUUAGUUCUUAUCCAUGGCAUGCUGCAAACUGCUAUUUCUAAUGCAGUCAAAACGAAGAUUUGCGAGACUAUUCUGGAUGCUGUCAAGUUCGUCGAAGCGCAAGAUAUACAGUCUCUAUCUGCAAGUAAUUUUACCUCCACAACCCCAGCACUUCCAUUAGCAGAGGAAGUGUUCAAUCCAGCAGAAUUUGGUGCAAGUUUGUGUGAGCUGGAAAAAAUUGGACCAGAUACAGAACCCGAGGUUGAAACUACUGACAGUGCCCCCAGCCCAUGGGAUGCCAACUUGGACGUCGUCUAUCCGCCAAGAUUCAGUGAUGAGGAGGUAGUGUUCGGUGUAGAUGGUGGAGUACUGUACAAUGGCAUAGCCGCUGAGAACGUUGAUUUUCCAACACUUCUCAAUGUCAGCGUACUCAGGGAGAAGAUGGUUGGAAUUCUGCUAUCCGAUUCUAUUCCAAACACCCUAUUCUCACAUAUUUUUACAAAUGGCAUGGGCAAUGUCCAUCACAGAUUCGAGCCACGGCACCUUCCGAAAGCGGUGCGAAAACUCGCAAACAUGAUGUGCUCCAAAUGUUACCUUGACAUAACGGCUAAUCUCACUGAACAGCCCCGAGUCGAAAUCGAUGCCAAGCAGGGUGCUCGAGUAGAAUUGGCCGGAAAUAUUUUGAUUCAAUUCCGAGGAAGAGAGGAUUUGCAUAAUCUGAUCUAUGCCAGUACGAAACUGCAUGUUACGCUGAAACCAACAGUUCGACAUUCACGUCUCUACGCUGAUGUAGCGCUCACUCAAGUCGACGUAAAAGUCUUCGAUCUGGCUGUUGGCGGUGUACUGGCCAGACCAAUUGAGAAGAUUGUCUCCUUGAUAGUGCCAAGAGUGUUGUGGCCACAGGUCAAGAAGCGAUUGCGAUUUGCACUGAAUAAACGAGGCAUCCAACUACCCGUAAUGUGUGGUGUCGAGCUACAGGACUUGGACCUUUCAUACAUUGACCAUGCAAUGGUUGUCAACACCAAUUUCAUAUUUGAUUUGCCAUUGUUUGUGAGGAAGUUCAAAAUUUAUCUCGUCAAAAAAGCACAGCUGUCGAAAAGCAUCCCUACUUAUGUUGAACUGUGAAGGAAUUGUUAUCGUGUGAAAUGAAGAG